UGGUGUGUAGAUGGCUGCGCUGCGAUACGCGCUGCUGUACUCGGAUGAGUCGGCCGAAGCGCUGUAUGAGGAUGGGGUCCGGCUGCUGCUGUCACCCUGUGGGACGGAGUUUGUUUAUGAGACCUCUGAGCCCCGGGCGCACCCGCUUCAGACGCCUCACAGAAGCCGGCACCGUACUGAGUUUGCAACAAGCAGCUGCCUGGACAGGGUGCUCCAGGUCCUUGACUUCCGAAAUAAAUUUUCCGGCUGUCCCUUUAUCCCUUUAAGUAUUUUACCUCCAGAGAAAACAGUAAGUCAUCUGUCUGAGAUUUCUGGAGUAACGUGGCCCCGUCUGGAGGAUAACGAGUUUGUCGGAGGUCUGGAGGGUGGCGGUGUAAAGGUUUCUUCUUUGGAUGGAAAUGCCAAUUUAUACAUGUCUGCUUUGAAAAAAGAAUUCCUCGUGGAGUUCUUGUGCCAACUAAGCUGCAAAACCCCAGCACUAAACCCUGAAUCCCAAAGUCAAGAUCUGUUACCCCACCCAUUGAGAUAUGGAGAGCGAAUUCCCGAAACCGGAAAUAAAAUCCCUUCCAGUAAAGGAAGGAGCGGGUCAAAGUAUUCUUCUUCUGUGAUCCAAGUUAUGGAUGACUUGCGCUUUGCAAAGCAUGGCUUCCGGUACAGUUGGCUGGUCCAGCGGUUCUCAGUGUCGUGCUGCCCGGCGGAGUUUUAUUAUCCCAUGUCUGUGGCCCUACGUUUUCUGAACAGAUCGUCUGAAAAUGAGCCAAGAGAUGGCGAUACUCCAACUGGCAGUGAAACCACAGGCGAACCGGAGAAUUUCAGAGAAGGCGCUGGUUCGGUUUUACCGAAAGCUUUACCUCUGACCUGUAGGAGAACCCAUUUACACAGGUGGAAUUUCUGUAACCCAGGCAUGUCCUCUACUUUCUCAAUGCCUUUAAAAGUGGCUGUAUGUGGUGAUGUAACCUACAGGUUCUUUUUUGAUGGUGCAGGUUGCGUGGAAAUCUAUCCGGGUGACGGCUCUGUCUUUGUCUCUGAUGGGUCUUGUUUAGGAAAAUAUUUCAAACACCAGUUUCUUAAUGAAGGAACUAAACUGACAGAAGAACGGACGUACAUGGCAAGUGACCUUCCUCCGGACAAGCCUAGAGCUGUGUAUUCCGUGCGUGCUUUGAUAACCCAGGCUGUCAGAUUUUUGGAAAUGUCAUGCAAGGCAAAGCUUUCCCUUAAUCGUCUUUCCGAUACCUGCUGUUGGAAACCGGGAGUUGAUACGGAGCACGUCGGAUUACCAGAGCUGCUGGAACAAUCCUUCAUCCCAGGCAAAGGACGAUUUGCCGUGUACUCUGACAACGUGGUGCUCGUGAACUAUCUGGACGGAGUAACGCUGCACACCGUUUGGAAUUUUGCUCAUUUUAAUAAACAUGAAAAGGGUCAGGUCAAAGGACCCAUUAACAUUUCACCGCAUCUCAAAAAUGGUUUUGGUUGGUGUCAGCUGAAUUUCCCAGACGGAGCAGCAAAAGUUGUUCAACUUGAGUCUCCGGGAGAUUAUUCGAGUUACAUCAAAGCUGUGAUUGCAUGGUGUGUGCAGAUUGAUGACACGGCUCGAAAAAGAACUGUCGCGCCCCUUGGAAAAGAGAACUGGUCAGUGGAGGCUGAACUGCAAAAAAUUCAAAGAUUUCAAUUCCUGGUGCAGAACAGCACUGCUGUAAAGUGCAGAGAUCUUUCCAGCGUCCCCGUGAGGUCGAGGCGUGAUGAAAACGCUCUGAGAGAGAUAUCCUGUGAAAUGAAUAUCCAGUCAGUUCUGCAAAAGACGUCAAAAGCCAUACAAGAUAUUGACUUAUUGCUUUCCUCCAGAAAGUAAUGACUACAGAAUGUAAAUAAGUUGCUACCUGUCCCCGGCUAAGAAGAAAUUUAUACCGCAUACUGAAGGCUCUUUAGGGCCAUAAAAUAUUUUUAUAGCAAAGGGGAAGGGUAUUCUCCGCAAGAUCAAGUCUUUCUUUCUGCUACCGCCAGAUGGAAUAAAUGUUUAUAGCCGC